UGUUGCAAAUCCCGACCGCGGUGCAGCAAUACAAAAACAGAGAAUAACAAAAAAUAAGGCAAUUAUUAGAAAAAUAAUUAAGGCGAUGAUGAAUCCGAUGAGGAAAAUAACUACUGUGUUUGUAUUGAUCAUAUGCGGUUUCAGUGUUCUAGUUUGUGAGAAGUGGUUGGUAAGUUUUAUAACUUCUUAUAACUGGAAAAUAGUAAACGUAUUUUACUUUGAAGUUUGUAGUGUAUUGGUAUACGAGUGUGGUAAUUAUGAUGAGAGGGUUUCGUAAGCUAGAAGUCAUCGUUUAGUUUACAAUGGUUUACCAAACGAACCUUUCCAGUUGUGUCUAGUACGCGCUAUUUACUAGAGCGCCGCAAACGGCAUUGACGGUCGUAGACAAGCGGCAGACUAAAAGAACGACUAAGUUAACGAUAAACUGAAAGGAGCUAGAUUCAAAUUCCCCAUAGAAGCAUAUAUGAAUCUAUCUAUACGAAUUCGUUGGAAUUCUAUUACUACAAGUUCUUAGCGUGCUGAACAACUCCCAAUCUAAUAUAAGUAAAAACUAUUUAAUCAAAUACAUUUCGCUCUCAGUUAUCUAUGUAAGUACUGAAUAAUUACGCCACAUCCCUUUGCUGGAAGCCUGAAAGACAGUUAAAGUCAAUUCUCCUGAAUUCGACGGCAUAGGCAAACAAGCAUGUAUGUGAAAGUGGAGCCAUUGUUCUAUCUAGAUUUAGUAUACACUCAGCCGUUUGAAAAGUUUUUAUCAAAACACUGUAUGAGGCUUUUGUAUCAAGUUCCAAUUACGGGGUAAUAGACCCCCCUCCUCCCAUUUUUCUCUUGCAACUACCGAAAUUGACACAUACGGCAAAGUGCAAAACACCCAUCACUGUUAAAAAAUCUACGUGCGGGAUGAUUUUUAAAUAGUUGCUCUAAGUACUUUCUUCGCCGACUCGCGUUAUAACUUGUAUUCAAUUAUAUAAUGUUAAUAGACUAACGGGAUCCUUAUAGCAAUACAUACACUCAAGUGGCACUUUUGGAACGUUUCCAUGGCAGGAAGUUCUUUUGUGACAUCAUCAACGCGGUUCCGCUAAGGGCGCAAUCAGUUUGUCAACUUCUUAUCCAUGUUUUGGAAACACCAGUCGUUCCAAGUAGGAAACCUCCAUUCUCCUAAAAAGUUGUCUGUGAGCUGGUUUCAUGGAAGACAAGCCAGCUGCUACGAUAAGGAUUCGGUUGGUAAAAUAGACGUUGUAAACGGCAACAGUCUUCCCUUUGGUGGCCGUAGGUUCUCGAUUCGUAGGCGCGCGAAUGAACUGAUUAUUAACACUAACAUCGACUACUUACAGAAGUUAUCAAUCGGGAUCUACUUUUUCGUAACCGCCAAAAAGCAACUUAGGAACCGCGAGCUUAUCUAAAAGGUUUCAAACGCUACACAAACGUUAGUAGCGAGCCAUGGAUUUUGUUGCGGGCUGGGUAAGCGGUUGCGCGGGUCUUAUCGUAGGACAUCCGUUUGACACCAUUAAGGUUCGACUUCAGACUCAGGGUGCUGUGAAGCUGAAAUACAAAGGCACUAUCCAUUGCUUUACAACCAUCCUCAAAACGGAAUCGGUAGCCGGCCUUUUCCGAGGAAUGUCAUCUCUUAUGGCUGGAAUACCUCUUGUGAAUGCUGUCCUCUUUGGCGUCUACGGAAACACUCGUAAACUCUUUGCAGACCAAGACGCCCUAUCAACUCACUUUUACUCUGGAAUGAUAGCUGGUGGCGCACAGAGUUUUAUAACUAGUCCGAUGGAACUAAUCAAAACUCGUCUUCAACUGCAGGACGAAGGGUUCAAGCGAAUUCGGGCAUUGCAGACGUACCGAACGAUAAAACCCCAAUAUUCAGGCCCUAUCGACUGUACGCGUAAGAUUUUUCUCAAUGAAGGCGGUAUCCGCGGUCUAAGCAAGGGACUCGGCACGACUUUUCUUCGUGACGCGCCCGCCUUAGGCGUGUAUUUCGCCAGUUAUGAAUAUUUUUACCGCAUAGCGGCCAAAAAUAGUGGGGGUGUAGAGCUUAGUACUGCUUCGAUACUUAUGGCCGGAGGAAUGGCCGGCGUAACUUCCUGGAUGCUCUGCUACCCGAUUGACGCAGUCAAAUCCCGAAUUCAGGAGGCUUCUGAAUCGUCCAGUUUUACUACUACAACUUCCCGAAUGUAUCGACAAGAAGGUCUUCGCAGUUUUUUCCGUGGAGUUAAUGCAGCGGUGAUUCGAGCUUAUCCAGCAAACGCGGCCAUAUUCUUCACGGCAAACUUUGUUCAUUCGCUUUACGCUAAGUCUAACUCGACUACAGCAACGUUGAUCGUAGUUGAGAGUGUUCAACAACAAAUGCAUUAUCACCUUCAUUAUCAAUACUUAGCAGAACGGAUGCAUUUCCACACCAUACCAAACCAUUUAUAAGAAGAUGACAUAGUGGCACGCGUGAUUUUCGUCCUCAUAUAUCCUAAACGCAGAUGAUAUUCAGGCAAUUGAACGUAUAACGGAUUAUCGUUUACCGCAAGCGCGAACAACUGUGCACGAACCGAUGUGAGUUUUUUUCCACAAGUAUACGUGAGGUAUGAGCAAACGCAACACGUGUAAUAACUUCAAGCUUCAACGAACGCAUGGCCUUGCUCCGAAGACAGUCCGCUAGUUCUGGAUGUAAAUCCUUUCUGAAUGUAAACAAAGGUAAAAAAUAUAUACUUUCGUCUGCAAUGAUGCACAAGCUGUCAUGACGGAGAAUCCGAUUGAGAUCUACAUACAUCAACGAGUCUAAUAGUACCUCAUAUAAUGCUUGCCUUACUUCUCUCUACAUAGGCCAACUGUAUCCCGUUCAAUCUGUCAAAAUGCUAUGAAUUAUUAUUGCAGGAUCAUGGAAUAUUUAGAAAAACAUGAAAAACAAUUUAGUAGUAUAUAUGACAGGCCUCUUGGUCGAGUAAUUUAAGGGAAUGAAAUUGCUCACCAUGCUACCUCAACCAGAGUUUCACGUUCAGAGCUAUGUUCCUCGUCAGACAGUCGUGCGGGCACGUUAACUGUCAAUAGUCUCGAUCAUAGAAACUAAAUGAAUCCAAAACGGUUGGAAUCAAAAUUAGUACUAAAUCACAACUAUAAAGGAAGUCGCUCUAAUAUCAGACUUUUCUUAAUAUCAGUCCUUAGUCUCGCACUUUACGCAGCAAAUUCAGGCGGAUUCUCCAGUAGAACACAGAAAAGUCACCUAAUAAGGACACGAGACGAACUACCGCGGGCUAAUUUGCUAGAUUGCUAUAUCAUGUAGAUUUUCAGCGCUUGACUAUUGUAAAUAGUGUGUUUACCUAUGGCUUCGACUAGUUUUAGCCCUAACGAGGUUCGUUUUCAUUGGCCACGUAUUAGUCCACGCUUUAGACGAUCCAUAGAAUAAUGCCUCUCUAUCUUUUUCUGUUAGCCGGCUUCCCUAAAAGAGAAUCACACAGCACGCGAAAAAACAAAAAAUUGAAAGCUGUUUCUUUCGUCAAGCUUAAAUUUGAACUGACUUGAGAUGCGCUUACAUUAAGUAAAAGAUGCCUUAGUUAAAAAAAAACUAUUUGUCGUGCAAGUCACCUACGGAAUACACACUUCAUCAAAAGUGAUUUUUUACGCAUUUUGUCAAGAAAUUGUAAGAUUACAUAGUUUAUCAACACCAAACGGGGCUCUCACCUAUUCUAGACUGCAUUUGUUGUUAGCACAUACCCUCGAGGUUGAAUUGAGUACAUUGCAAAACACUAUACUUUAUCAGGAAUCGAUCAUUGGCUCAAACUUGAUUACUACGUGUGCGCAGAGUAAAAUUAUAAUGUUAUCAUUGCAAAACGACUGUUACGUAGAUAGGCGCAUUCAUAAAUGAUGAAAGUUACGGAAACUGUUAAUGCAGGUGAAACUAUUUAUUUGAAUAUGGUGCGGGUUAAUCUUCUUUGGAUAACUGCUUCUGUGAACCUUCAUCUAAACUUUUUUUCAGAUAAAAACUGAAGACAAGGAUAGAUCUACUACGGACAGCAUGAAGCUAGCCAUCACAAAUAACAAAAAAAGUUCGUAGUGCGUUAUCUAAAUUAUUCGUAUUGUUACCUCUACGAUUUGUCCGUGGACAUAUUAUGACAACAACAACGACAACGACAGGCACGCCAUCUGUUCGCGAAUAAAGCGUUUGACGUUCA